GCUGUGUCAGUCACUCUGUCAGCUUGAAGAGGAAAACAAUUGCACUUUAAAAUCUGCAGUACGCGCUAAUUCUACUAAUAGGAUCCAGCAGUGUGUUUGCUCCAACAACAUGUGGACGAUCCCGAAGCCCAGAUACAGGAGGUGCGAGGAUGAGCCUGAGAUCACGGUGAACAUCGGCGGGGUCCGAGUGGUGCUUUUUGGGGAUGUUCUCAAUCGUUACCCGGAGAGCCGACUGGCCGAGUUGCUGAACAGCUCCUCGGCGCACAACGACGAACUUAUUUCCUCUCUCUGUGACGACUUUGACCCCAACAGGAAAGAGUUUUACUUCGACCGAGAUCCAGAUGCCUUCAAGUGCAUCAUGGAUGUUUAUUACCUGGAUGAAAUCCACAUAAAACGCGGCAUUUGCCCCAUUUGUUUCAUCAAGGAGAUGGAAUUCUGGAAGAUCGACCAGAGUGUUUUGGAUGACUGCUGUAAAAGUUACCUGAGCGAGAAGGAGGGCGAGCUGAAGGACAUCGCCGGCAAGGUGAAGGUAAUUUUGGAGGAUCUGGAGGAGGACCAGAACGCUUCUGGCACCCAGCAGUGUCAGAGGGUCGUCUGGAGGCUCAUGGAGAAGCCUGGUUCCUCCUUCCCGGCGCGCGUAAUUGCUAUCGCGUCCUUCCUCUCCGUCCUGGUGUCGGCGGUGGUGAUGUGCGUGGGAACCAUCCCGGAGUUGCAGGUGUCAGACGCCGAGGGGAAGCUGGUGGAACACCCGACUUUGGAGGCGAUAGAGACCGCCUGCAUGAUGUGGUUCACGGCAGAGUACCUGCUGCGCCUCGCCUCCUCACCCGACAAGUUGCACUUUGCGCUCUCUUUCAUGAACAUCGUCGACUUCAUGGCCAUCAUGCCUUUCUACGUGGUGCUCAGUCUGACGUACCUCGGCACCUUCUCCAUGAUGGAGCUGGCCAACGUUCAGCAGGCGGUGCAGGCGCUGCGCAUCAUGCGCAUAGCUCGCAUCUUCAAGUUGGCGCGCCACUCCUCAGGACUCCAGACACUCACACACGCCCUCAAGAGGAGCCUCAAGGAGCUGGGGCUGCUCCUCAUGUACAUGGGCGUGGGGAUUUUUGUCUUCGCCGCCCUGGGCUACACAAUGGAGCAAAGUCACCCCAAGACUCUCUUCGGGAGCAUUCCACAAUCCUUCUGGUGGGCCAUCAUCACCAUGACUACGGUGGGAUACGGAGACAUCUACCCCAAAACCACUCUGGGCAAGUGUAACGCAGCCCUGAGUUUCCUGUGUGGAGUCAUAGCCAUCGCCUUACCUAUACACCCUAUCAUUAACAACUUUGUGGUGUUUUACAACAAGCAGAAGGAGCUGGAGACUGCAGCAAAGCAUGAAGUGGAGCUGAUGGAGCUUAAGUCUGGUGGGGACAUCCAGCACAGAAAAGACAGCGAUAAUGACAAAACAUAGAAAGCACAACGUGUGUGUUUAACAAAUUCAGAGUGUCUAUAAAGCGUGCAUAUCAUGGUAAAAAAAAAGGGGACUCAUUAAUGCAUGUAGAUCAUGGGUGUCAAACAUACGGCCCGCUGGCCUAACCGGUUUCAUCCGGCCCACGGGACGAGUUUACGCGGUAUAAAAAUUUGUUGAAAUUUUUGAAUGAAAGAAACCGCUGUUCUAAAUGUGUCCUCUAGAUGUGGCAAUAGCAAUUAUUUUUAUCUUUGCAGAUGAUGCUCAAUAUGUAAACAAAAUAAACCACAUGUUAGUACAUCAGUCGAGGAACAUGAGCAAACCACAUAAAUAACAUCCUGUAAUUUGAUUUUGAUAUCAUUUUUGAAUCAUGAUGAGAUUGAUAACUAACACCAAUGAGUUGACUGAUGAACAAUUUUGCAUAAUUUAUUGAGAAAGUAUAAAUAACAACAAAUACAAAUAGAAUACUAUAAACAACAUUAUGAUUUGUACAUUUUCAGAAUGUGCUUGUUCUAUUUUUAAACAAAGAAAACAAUCUGAAGUUGUCUUUAUUUUUAAAUUAUCGUGCCGUGAUUUUACCAGCCCGGCCCUCCUGGGAGUAGAUUUUUCUCCGUGUGGCCCCCAUCUAAACUGAGUUUGACACCCCUGAUGUAGACGAUCACAAUGCAUCCCACCCAACAUCCUCAUUUGUUUAUACUGAUUUUAUGGAGCAUGGCUGGUGCAACAUUUUGAACAGAGUGGAGAAUUCCAAAGCAGUCCCCACAAAUAUGAAUUGAAUCUGAAUUAAGAUUGCAACUGGAAGUACAAUUGCAAUUAAAAUGAAAGAAAAUAGAAUUGAAAUGACGCGAAAUUUCAAUUAAAAAUGUUGGUUUCAUGGAAAUAAUAUUACUAUGAUCCGCAUGUAUAGGGUGUCCCAAUCUGAUAUUGCUAUCAGAUAUCAGCAAAAAAACUAAUAUUGGCUUGCAUGUAAAAUCGCUGCAAUAAUUAGCUUCUAUACAAGCAGUUACUUGUGCAAAGCAAUUAACAUCGAAAUGUCCUCCAAUAAAAAGUUGGUCCUUUCUUGAAUUUUAGUGAAGUCAUUAACAAAAGGUAAACAUGGUAGUCUAUAGGCUACAUGGAGCUAACAGCUACACAGCUAGGCACACAAGCUAGACAUACAUUAUAAGGGUCCUUCAUAGAACUAUAUUGCAGUCCAAUACAAACAAUUAUCAUAUAAUUAUCGUAAAAUACAAACACUUAUCAUAUAAUUAUCGUUGCAUAUUACUUAUACAUACGAAGUCUUAGAAGUAGAAGCAUAUUAGAAAGUAUCCUGUAACAAACGUGUCCGCAUCAUUUAAUUUAGUGCAUCGUGAGCUUAAUUUACUGAAUUAAUGUCGUCCACCAUGUGGCGCUAAAAACAUGUUACCACUCUCCCUUAAUUCAGAACAGUCAUAGGGUUAUUGUUUUUCAUACCCACCGUUGUUCUCUGAGUAAUUUUACUUGAUCAAACAUUUUCUAAAUAUUUCACACCUGUGUGCAAUAUGAUUUGUGCUGGUAUUGAUCGGCUCAAUAUCAGUAUUGGUGACUACUUAAGGCUGUAUCGAAAGUAAAAAAGUUGUAUCGAGACACCCUUAAUCUAAUGUGGACUUUAUAUGUUUAGUUUCUUACAUUCAGACAAGUUUUAGGUACAAAAUGCUGUAGUAGAUUGAGUUUUUGUUUACCUUAUACAGCAAAGGUUUUUCAGUAAACAAUUGAGAAUUUCUAUAAAACAGAUCAUUUAUUCUAAUGUUUUAUAAAUAGUGCUAAUAAUUUUUUCCAAUCAGAUUCAAUUGUAGUUUUUGAAUUUCGAUAAAUCGCGACGAUCACAGUAAAUUACUUGUUUGGGUAAUUUGAAUUAGCUUAAAAAAAGGCCCUCAUAUUUUGACACAAAUAUAAUUUUAUUGUCAGAAUGUCAUAUGUGAAUGUUUUUCGAUUGAAUGCACAUCAUUUAAUUGCUCAAAACCUAUUAACAGUAUUAUUUUCAGUCAGGAUGUGUUUUGAAGCAAACGUUGCCAGCGAGCACACUAGUUGGAGUACUAGCAUAUGCAUUGACAUGAUCACUAACCGUAUAACAUCCCCCACCACCUUUCAGGUAACCAUCCACAGUUAAGUAAAGGAGCGUGUGCGGUCAAAACACAUUUUGUGAUUAAUCUGCAUUUAUACAGUACAAUAAAACUGCAAUCAUUUUUUUGUGAUUAAUCACAUCCAAAAAUUUGAUUUCACCAUCCUUACUUAGACUUAGACUUAGACAAACUUAAAUGAUACUCAAGGGAAAUUGUUCUUACUUAGGAAUUCUAAAUAGUGGAAAAGUACCUCCAUUUCCUAGAACUCUUUUCUGUAUCCAAUAAUUCAAAAUUGAUAUAUUUGGAAAUACUUUGCAAAGUAUUUUUGGAAUUUAAGUCAAAAAUGUGAAACACAUGAUAAUUACUUUUAUAUGAUUACAUUUUUACUUGGAUACUUUGAAUUGCAACAAACUUGAGUUAAUUCCCGUUCCUGUAACUCCAUCUCAGCAUUAUGUGAGGUGGAAUUUUUUUUUUUCCAGUUCUUCAAAUGAAUUGCAGGUUGGCGUCAAAAAACAAGGAAAUAUAUUUAAACACCUGGCGAGAUCUGGGAUACAGUGUAGGCCUAAACACAAUAUCUCAAUGCUCACCUGAGUGGACAGAAAAGCCAAAGAUGGAUGACAGUUUGUUUCCACAAGCCACAUCGUUUCUUCUGUGAAAACCGCUUAAGCAACUGAAACACAUGACUUCUCCACACUCGCCGCCAUGGGAACGGAGGUAGAUAUGUCGCCUGUAGCUAUACAACAAGCAAAUAAAAACAACUUUAAUGAUCACCGUCAUUUACCGUAUUUCCUUGAAUUGCCGCCGGGGCGCUAAAUAAUUUAAAAUCUCUUCUCACUCCUGCGCUUACCAAAGGCAUGCGGUAAAAGUAAGCAUGCGCUAAUUAUUUUAAAACCUCUUCUCACUCCGGCACUUACCAAAGGUAUGCAGUAAAAAUUUGAGUGUGAUGUAUGGUUGGACCUUAAAUCCUACUGAAUAGCUCUUAAUCCUCUUCCCUUUAUGCGAUUUCAAAUAAAUCAGCCUCCUCCUUUUUGAAAAUGAUGACAGAGGAAGUGUCACUUGUGACGUCACGAGUUUGACCAGGCGGUAAUACUAAGCAUGCGCUAAUUAUUUUGGGAAGCGAGUUUGACCGGCAGUAAUUCAAGGCAGGCGCAUACUAUAUGUCCUGCGGCAAUUCAAGCAAAUACGGUAGUUUGAAGCUGAAUUUAACUGAUAUUAAGACAACUAAUGUGCAUAGAGCAGUGACGUGCGGUGAGCUAAACACCAGAUGAGACAUGCAUACUUUUUUUUCUCCUUUUUUUUUUUUUUACUUAAAUUCAUAUGUGCAGCUCCAGUUAUUGUUGAUUUAGGACGCACAUUAGAGAUACAGCAAAAAAAGGGAGUUAUUCGCUUUCAUAAAACCGUUAUCAUAAUGAUAUAAUGAUAUGAUAAAUGGUUCCAAAAAGUAUUUAAUAAAGUUGUUAUUAAAUAAUUUUAGGUCCCAUUUCCUUUUAACAAAAUAAAUCAAGUAUUGUGAGUGUAUAUUACCUUUCUGUAUUUGUAUCUGAACCAGCAAUAGCUAUCCUCUAUGAAAACAUACUUUGUAUGACCUCAUUAAUUUUGUCUUAAAGUCCAGUUUAGAGAAGUAUUUCAUCUUGGAUGCAGUGUAUAAUUAAUCCUCCAUAUUGGCAGACACAUUCAUUUAAUUGAAUUUAAUACCAAAAAAUUAAACAAUAUUUUUGCAUCCGACAAAAAACACCCACAAAGGCUGGCUUACUCUAAUAAAAAUGCCUGUUUGUUAUAAAUACAGUUUAAAAAAAAAAGAAAAGAAAAAAAAGUCUGGCUUCUAGCUUGAGCGCCCCCACUUCUCCCAGUGUGGCGAGGCCUUGAGCUGCAAGUUGACAAUAUAUCGCCCCCUACCUUGAGGCAGAGGUACAUGCUGCCUCAUGGCCAGCCUUUUCCCCUGGCAACAAUCAUGCGCCCCCUCGCACGCACACGCCCAAUACACACUGUGUGUAGCCGUGGAGGCACCGCCUGUGUCUGCCUCGCUUCUUGUAUGCUGCGUUGUUUUGAUAAGGAAACAUGGAAUUUCCGCAAUUUUGACCAUGAAAAUGAUCAAAAUAUACAGAAACCACACCAAAAUCACAUAGAAAGCAUAAACCAAAAGAUGAAUAUUAAAACUUAUUUUAUUUUAUUACUUUGUUUUGGAACAUCUCAUGGUUAAGCCACCUGGUGGCAGGUGAGGCACUGCCUCACUUGCCUCCCCUGUCAGCACGUCACUGGCAUGGAGUAUGACCCCCAUAUUUGUUGUACACAAACUAAAAAGGAAAAUAGAGAUGUUUUUUGUAUUUUUGCAUUAUUUUUUGUGACAUAUAUAUGUAUAUUGUUCAGGGUGGCUCCUGUGUGUUUGGUCAUAUGUUUGUGUUUUCCUCUGUUCCAGUCUUGUGCACUUAUUUUUCAGUUCCACUUCCGGUUAUCUUUGUCUUGCAGCACUUUUACUUUGCCAGUGCACCUGUGUCUCGUUUGUCUAAUCAGGUCUUUUUAGUUUCAGCUGUUGCAGCUUGCUGGCUCAUUACUUUGUAGUCUGUUAAGUGUGCUUGUGGUCUUGUAGCUUUCCCUUUGCUUCCGACGCACUUCCCAGCUGCACAAUAGCUGUUGCAUUGUAUAUUAAAUACUAUUUAACCUGUACAUCGUUUGCUGUUCUCUGCAUCUUGGGAUCACGUGGCAUGCAACACUUUAAUAUUAGUUGAACAGAAUAAAUGUUAAUAAAGGUUGCCAGUAAAGGUAAAUGAGCACAAGCGAUAUAAAAAACAGAUGUAUGAAUCCUGUAUGAAUUAAAGUGAUACACGGGGUAUCCAAAGUGAGUCCUGAGGGGCAUUUUUAUAUUGUUUUUGAUUGGUCUGCAGCACACUGGAGAAAUUAAAUUAAAUUGGUAAAAACCCCACCGAAAAUGGGGAAAAACAAUAAAGCAAAAAGACACAAUGAGAAAAAGGUUAAAUGUUGAUGGCAAUAACUAAUUAAAACACAAUGCUUUGUCGUUAAAUAUUGGUAAUUUAACAAAACAAAAUAAACUAUGGUAACACUUUAUAGUAUGGGGAACAUAUAUGUUAAUAAGCAACUAAGUAAUGGUAAAUAUGUCGCCCAUACUAAAGUGUUACCGACAUUUGUAGUUUUGUAUUUUGUUAGUUAAUCCUAACCCUAUCCCUUAAUAAGUUCUUAUUUAUGACUAAUUAAGAGCCAAUAUGUUACUAAUUUGCAUGUUAAUAAGCAACUAAUUGUCAGGCUUGCCACUGACAGUUUGUUUGUGUUUUAGUUUUUCCUCUGUGUUUAGUAUUUCCUGUCCUUAGUUCCUGUCAGCACUCUUAUUUUGGUUCAGCUUCCUGUUUGUCUCCCUGAGUGCUUUGUUUCCCCUCAGCUGCAGCUGAUUGGCACCUGGCCACACCUGGUGUCAAUCAGCCCUCUCUUAUUUGUACCUGCUUUGUCUUCCAGUCAGUGCUGGAUUAUUGAUUUGUCUUAUCUAUGACUUCCGUAUUGUCGCUCCUGUCAUGUCGUUUCAUGUCAAGUCAUUGCAGCGUAGCGGUAAGCUAUCUUGCGGGAUCUGUUUGUAGCUUACUGUUUUUUGGUCCCUGCUUCCGUUUUGUUUUCACUCUACAAGUAACGACCUCUAUUUUCCUGUUUGCUACCAGCUAGCUUCCACGCUGAGCCCCUUUUUGUUUCUUGCUAGCUUCCAUGCUAAAGACUCAUUUGUUUGUUAUCGGCCUUGUGCGCGUCCUUUGUUAAUACCUCUAUAUAUUAAUUAAAUCAUGUUUCCUCACUCCAUGCCUGCCUCCAUCUCUGCAUCUUGGGGUUCGUCAACAACUAACUCUGACACUAAUUAAUAGUGAAUGUGUUCCCCAUACAUAAGUGU